CGAACUCACCUCAUAUAACAAAGGAAGAAGACGCGCCAUCUGACAACGUAGCAAUGUUUCUUUCCUGAACGCCCGUCUGCUGUCAGUCUGUGGAGAUUCUUGCGGUUAUCGGUCUGUCCAGCGUGAGUUUAUGUGUGUUAUCUGAGUCCACAUAGGGAGGACGUUACUUUCAGGGCCAUAAAGCUCUCUAGUGGUCUCGAGUGGCGACGUGUCCAGGAACUGCGCGUUGAGCCGCACAUAAACAGUCACUUACUGCUUCAUAUACAACAGGCCAUUAACUGCUGUUCAUUCAUCUGACAGUUCAUUUGUGGGAGAGACCUUUUAAACAAACGGUUUCUACAUCGAAUUCUGACAUCCAAGCUGUAAAACCAUGUUUAACUGGAGAAGAUCCCAGCUUAGUUGCUUAUGUGCAUCAACUUUGGCAGUAUUUGUGAUGCUGGCGUUAAAUGUUCAGGGCAGGCCAGCAAAUAUAUCAGCAUUAAAAGGCAAACAGCCUAACAGUAAGGAGGACAAUGAGAUCCUUCCACCUGAUCACCUGAACGGUGUGAAGAUGGAGAUGGACGGUCACCUCAAUAAAGACUUUCAUCAGGAGGUGUUUCUAGGGAAGGAGAUGGAGGAGUUCGAGGAGGAUUCAGAGCCAAGAAGGAACAGGAAAAAGCUCAUUGAAAUCUUCACCAAGGUGGAUAUAAAUAAAGACAGAAGUGUCAGUGCUAAGGAAAUGCAGCGCUGGAUCAUGGAGAAAACAGAAGAACAUUUUCAAGAAGCUGUUAGAGAAAACAAGCUUAGUUUCCGUGCUGUAGACCCUGAUGGGGAUGGACUUGUUACAUGGGACGAAUACCGUGUGAAGUUUUUGGCCAGCAAAGGUCUCAAUGAAAAGGAAGUGGCUGAAAAGAUCAAAAAUAAUGAAGAACUGAAAGUGGAUGAAGAAACUCAGGAGGUUUUAGAGAGCUUGAAAGACCGCUGGUUUCAAGCUGAUAAUCCUCCUGCUGACCAGCUGCUGAAUGAAGAGGAGUUCCUCUCGUUUCUGCACCCGGAGCACAGCAGAGGCAUGCUCAGAUACAUGGUCAAGGAGAUUGUCCGAGAUCUUGAUCAAGAUGGAGAUGGAAAGUUGACUCUUGCUGAAUUCAUCUCCCUCCCCAUGGGAACUGUGGAGAAUCAGCAGGCCCAGGACAUCGAUGACGACUGGGUUCGUGAAAGGAAGAAAGAGUUUGAAGAAGUUAUUGACGCAAACCAUGAUACGAUUGUAACCAUGGAAGAGCUGGAGGAAUACAUGGACCCUAUGAAUGAGCACAACGCUCUUAAUGAGGCCAAGCAGAUGAUCGCUGUGGCCGAUGAAAACCAGAACCACAACCUGGAACUAGAAGAGAUCCUAAAAUACAGCGAGUAUUUUACAGGCAGCAAACUCAUGGACUACGCUCGUAACGUACAUGAGGAGUUUUAGGAGUUCCUCAAGUCUUUAUAAAUAAGAAAUGCAUGUAUAUUUCACUGAAGUGUCGCAAGUGACAAUGUUGGCCUUUGCUUGCUUCCCGAAAUGGGAUCAACAGGUGCAUAUGGAAAUAUUUGCAAAUGUAAAAUCCCGCAAGCCACAAAAACUUCUGUAAUAUUGCUGUGCACAGGUAUGAGACUAUUAAGACGUUGUGAUUUCCAUAUGACCCCAGUAUAAUUAAUUUUAGACACUGUCACUUUCAUUAGUUUUGGAGUGUUUAUAAUUAAGAGAAAUGUCUGUAUAUGAGGAAUUGGUAAGGGUGUGUUAUCGUGGAAUUGAUUAAAAAAAUGAAUUAAUGUAAAUAAUGUAGUUAUUUUGAGUGCCAUAAUAUAUUGAUGCAUUCUCAUGUUGGGUGGGUUGAUUUUUGAGAUUAGGCUUUGAGCUUAAAAUGUGUUAUUUCCAAAGAUUGCAAUACAGUCAAAUGAUUUGGGCUGGUAAUUUGGUGUUAAACAUAUUUAGCACUUCUAAUUGAGAUUGCAUUAAAACUUUAAACGCAAAGUCGUCAAAAGUCUAUUCUUUGAGAGGGAUAAUUACUCCGUCCAGAUGUGACCUAUUUGCACAUUGAAGCAUUUUAAGAAGCCCAUUACUCACAGUUUGUUGAGGUCAUAAUUGUAUAUAGCAUGAAUGUUUUCUUUCGUAUUUGUUUGUUUUUUGCUUUUAAACAUGCAGUUUGCUGUUACCUCAGAAGUCUCUUUCAGGCACAGAUAUUUCUCCAUUAUCAACUGUUUGAGUUCUUGUAAAAAAAAAAUGCUUAAAAAUAAUUUUAUUUAAACGAGAAAUAGAUUAAGAGGAUUCUACUUGUUUUCAAUUAAAAUAGUUUUUUUUUUUUGUGAAUGACAAUGAAAAAUGAAACGACCGCUAUAUGUAUUUUCUGGAUAUGAGAAUAAAGUUUUAUUAAAAUACACAACUGCUUCAAGAAA